AUCGUUCCGGGAACGUACGUCGCGGGACGAUAGCGCAGGAUAGCGUGCGAUUGAGCGUGGGCAAGGGCCGACACGAGGCUACGGCGUGUUCAGCGCGCUGUUUGCGUCAGUCGCCUCGCCCAAAAUCUCUGUGCGGCCCAUCUCAUCUCCAUCCCCCUCGUCCUCCCCUCCUUCCCUUCACCGUUCCGCCCGCUCCCCUCUGUUCAUAAAUCAGGCCAGCCCAUCAGAUGGACCGUUCCGCGCACGACACCCUUUACAGCCGUGGCCCGUCGACUCCCGACAUUGCCAGCCUCGACGGCACGGCGGCAGGCUCAGGACCGUCCGUGCAGCCUCCGCACCAGCGCCCGUCGCCGACGCUUUCCUACAGGGAACCGGCCCAGUCGACGUCGCCGAGCCACCUCGACGCCCUGUUCCACAAUCUGAACCAGCCCGGCAACGGUUCGCAGUACGCACCCGCGUCGUCUGUCUCGCAGAUCGUAGGGGCCGCGAUUCAACAGCAGCAGCAGCAGAUCCCGAACAACUCUGCGCCCACGACGCCCAUGUCUGUUGCCUCGCACUCGUCCGCCCAGUCGCAGUCGCAGACGUCGGCCGACCGGCAGAGCGCGCUGCUCUCGCUACUCGGCUCCGUCGCCCCCGCGCAUCCCGCAGGCCAGCCCGUUCCAUUCCCGUCGCAAGUUCCAGUUCAAGGAGGGCCGCAGCAGAUCCCGACGCCGCCCGGGUCGUCGCAGAGUCACGUCCAGCCGUCCUCGUCGGCGUCCAACGACCAAGGCCGCGUGCUCCUCGAGCAGCUCAUGGGCACCGUCCCCGCCCCGCAGGCCUCACCCGAGCACGUUCAAUACGGGCCGCAUCCCCUUCCCCAGUCGCAGUCGCAGCCUCACCUCCAGUCUCCGCCUCAACCCCAGCAACAGCAGCAAUUCUUCCCGUCCCAGGGCCCGGAGCCCGAGUACUUCCACGCCGGCAAUAGCGAGCAGGCCUCGUACGCGCCCCCGCCGCACCCAUUCGAGAUGAUCAACUCGCCGCACGCGCAGACUCACGGCCUCCCGCCCAUCGGACCUAUGCUUCCUCCGGCCCCUCAGCCCGGCCUCACGCACCAGAUCGCGCACCAGGACCUCCCCCCGCCCCAGCCGUCGCCGCCGAAGUCGAUGUUCGAGUUCAUAUCGCCGUUCGACGCGCUCGCUUCUUCUGGCAAGAAGCCCGCGGGUGGCAGCAAGCCGCUCCCCGUGCCCACUGCGAGCCAGGGGCCCGCCGCCCAAGGAUCUCCUCAUGGGGUGCAAGCCAACCAGGAGGAGCGUGGCCUCGCCAGCUGGGCGAUGGACCCGAAGCGUAAGAGCGUCGAGAACCUGAUGGAGCAGCUGACGCGCGGCGUCCCGCCCUCGUCCUCGUCCUCGCCUCAAUAUGACUCGUACUACAAUUCGGAGGAGCUCACGCCCGUCGCGCAGCAGCCGCAGAACGUCGGCCAUGGCGGCCAGGCGCCGCCCGCGCCCCUGCAGAUCUUGCAGAAGGGCGUGCAGUCGCCGAGGGGCUCGCCCCCGCGUGCGCAGCAGCAGCAGGCGCCGGUUCAGUCGCAGGUGAGGCCGCUCCUGCAGCAGCAGUCGUCAGGACGCUCGGUCGAGUCCCCGCUCGGGCACGCGAUCGGUGCGCCGGCCCCGCAGGGGCAAUCUCAGGGUCACCGGCGCGAGAGGAGCUCGCCUGUUCCCGGCGCAAAGGGUGGCAAGGGACGCGGCAAGCAGCAGCCCCAGUCUCAGCUGCAGGGACAGCAAGGGAGGAGCUACGGCAGCCCCGAGUCACAAGGCCAACAGAUCGUGUUCGAUGUGUCGCAGCCGCUGGACGAGAUCCGGGCAAGUCAGGACCUCGUCAAGUCGACGGCUAUCGCGCUCGUCAAGGUCGACCAGAAUUUCUUGCCGGGCACGACUAUCGGCGCGACGCACUGGGUCGCAUACGCUAUGACCAAAGGUCGUGUUCGUGUCAUCUCACGCUCAAGCGGUGACCGUACGCUGCUUCAACUCCCGCCCACCUUCCCGCCGUCCACCGUGGUCAACGACAUGGCCGUUUUCGGGAACAGGCUUGCCGGCGUGACCUCGGACGGCGGAUUUGUCGUCUGGGAGCUUCCUGAAGUCGUCACCGACGAUGCAUUGGGAAGAAUCCUCCUCUGCGUCUUCCCGGCUCUUGAUGGCGAGGCAUUGCACUCCGUCAAGUGGCACCCCAAGCAGGCGAACACGGUCGCUGUCGCGUCCGAGACGAAGAUUUACUUGAUCAACAUCGAGGAAGCGGCGCACCUUUUCGGCGGCGACCCCGUCCCGCAGAAUGAGCUACAGCGUGUCGGCGAUGUCUUCUCUAUCCCUUCGCCACUCGUGGCGUUCGAUUUUGACGUGCUCAAUUACGGCCUCGCAACAAUCUCCGAUGACUCGGUGCUCCGUUACUGGACGAUCCACGAUCGCGCCUCAUUCUGGUCGGCCAAGAUCCCGGGCGAGGACACGCCGUCCUCGCUCAUACUGCACGACCACGGUGUGAUCCUCGGCCGCCGGAAGGGCACUAUCUAUCAGCUGCUCCCGCAUGUUAACAAGACGGUGCUGUCCACUAUUCGGUUCGUUAAUGGUGCUCGCGACGACCCGGAGAUGUUCAGCCAUGCGUGCUACGACUCGCGCAUACAGACGCUCUGGGUCGCGAACAACCGUCGGGACAGCAUGCUCGCGUGUCGGCUGGCGUUCGAGCCGCCGGCCGCGUUCGGCUCGCCUGAGGAGCAGGUCGGCAAGGCAUGGGUCGACCAGCUCGUCGAGUUCGCUGGCCCGAAGCCCACAAUCCACUUCGUGAUCCUGACGGCGGACGCAGACCCGACGGGCGAGGAGGCGCACGCGGCGUGCGUCGCGGCCAAGGUCCCGCCUGGCGAGCUCGCGCUCGUCGCGUUCUCCGUACACUCGAGCGGUGUGGACCAGGUGCUGAUCCGCAGGGAGUGGUACGAUAACGCCCUCGUGUCGACGGCGAGCAAAUUCCCAGAGUACACCCCUCCGCCGGCGGUGCACCCUCCCCCGUCCUACGCCCAGCCCCCUCAGCCCCCGGCGGAACCCAAGCAGCAGCCGGAGGGCAGGUCGCAGCGCUCGGCUGUGCCGGCACCCCCGCCGACGACUUCGGGUCCGUCGCCCAGGGAUUAUGCUCGCGAGCCGGUGCCGGCAGUGCAGCGUCCCAAGACCCCGCCUACGGACGAGCUGGACAGUGAGCUCGCGCGCGAGGAGCCGAGGCAGGCGGAGCCGAAAGGCAAGGGUAAGGGCAAGAACGUCGGGUGGAAGGAAAAGGAGAGCAGCGGCAGCGGAAACGACCACGGCAAAGACAAGGGCAAGGCAGUCGAGGGGACCGGAAUCACUGAGGGCGCGCUCGGAUCAGCGCUGUCGAAGGAGAUCCGGAAGCUGGAGGAGAACUUGCAUACCCGACUUGGUCGUCUGGUCGGGAAGGAGCUCGAUAAGCAACAUCAACGUAUGGAGGAAGUGCGCGCGAGCGAGCAGGCUGCCGAUUUCCAACGGCAGGAGAAGAUACUCAAGCUCAUCUCGACGGAGCUGACGAAGAACACGACACGCGUCGUCGAGGUGGCCGUCAAAAGCGAGGUGCAGAACUCGGUCCUGCCCAGCCUGGAGAAUAUCACCCGGACAGAGAUCAAGUCCGCGCUCGACGGUCAUGUCACCAAGUCUCUCACGGACGCCAUCAAGCAGAGCCUGCCCGCCGAGGUCGAGAGACUGCUCCUUCGAUCUGAUGUAUCGAACCAGAUUGCGCGCAACUUUGCGUCCAACAUCACUCCGGCGAUCGAGCGGCAUGUCAAGGACACGGUGACGAAGACGCUCAUCCCUGCGUACACGCAACAGUUCUCCCAGUUGCAUCAGGACCUGACACGGGAGAUGCACGCCGAGAUGCUCAGCCUCAAGAAGGAUGUACUGGCCUGGCAGACCGAUGCGUUCCGUGCGCAAGAUACUCUUGUUCGCGACUUGGAGCAAUCCGUUCGCUCGCUCAACGAUCAAGUCAAGUAUCUGAGCCUGAACCAAGGCAACAAGGGCUCUCCAUCGUUGUCCGGCAACUUCAACUCACCGCAUACGCGACCAAUGCCGAUAUCCAAUCCGCCUGUGUCGAGCUACCCGUCGUCGACGACCCAUGGCCCGUACAUACAGCAGCAGCCCAAUUUGCAGCAGCAGCCGUGGUUCUCCCAGCCCAUUGCGGCUCCCCAGGCCUCGCACCCCGCCAUCCCUCCUCCGGCGGUAGCAACCGCCCCGCAACAAGUACCACGGCCCGUGCAAAAUGACGAGUGGGACGACACCUACCUUACCGUUCUGGGCACGCAAGAUCCCCAGCAGCUGCGCGAGCUCCUAGCGCGGUCCAACCCGGAGGUCGUCAUGCCCCUCACCGGCAACGGUCCCCUCUCCCAGGCCGUGAUCCUCACGCUUGUGCACCGGCUCUCCGCCACCAUCGCCGAGACCUCCCCGGCGGACGAGUCAUUCAAGGUUACGCUGUGGUGGCUGUUGCGCGCAGCGAACACCCUGAACCCAUCUCACCACAUGAUCUCACCCUAUGUUUCGCGAGUGCUCCCCAACGUUCAGCAGAUGCUGAACACCACAAAGCAGAGGCUGUCCAUCCUCCCGGGAGGCUCUCCCGUUCUCAACGACACCGUACGCACCAUUUCGGACGUGCAAGAGGCGCUCGGUCGCUCCCGCUAGACGGUCUGAGUCAUGACCAGCUAACCUCCUUGUACGUCUGCCGACCCAUAUGCUUGACGUCUGCGACGGACGCGCCGGAGACGCUCGGUCGACUCGCCGCCAGCCGGUUUGAGCCUGAGCGCUGUUGCGCGCCUGCAUAUGCAUGUCGGCCAUCCAUCGCCGACGUCCAAGAGACGCCGAGAUGGCAGAAGGGGCCUGGGUGUCGCAAGACGACGAUGCCACCAAUCGCUCGAUGCUGUAACGAUCCGCUUGAUUCAAAACGCUGUUUGUCUUUUCUGGAAUGUCUUCAAUGCUCGCCUCGUCUCUAUCCACUUGCAAUUCGUCAUGAUACUGAUGUCUGUUUACGAAAUUUACCGAUGUUAUACACUGUACCUCUUACCGAACAGAAACCAAAAGUGAAAGCAAUACAGAACUAAUUUUCCC